AUGGAUCGAUUGACUUGGUAUCAACCCGGCGAAAACCUGGAAGAUCUCCUCUGUCAGGCUGGCCAUGUUGGGAUUUACGAUGGCGACUUGAAACAUACCGCAUUCGAACAGGGAACUGCUUCACUAACUCUUCAUCGCAUAAUAUGGGCGGACUCAAGUGAUCCCGAUCGUCGUCUAAUUCUUCACCACUCGCUUGUAAAAUCUAUUGAGAAGCAUCACAAAUCGAUGUUCAGUCGUGGAGGAAAGAUUAUUGUUCGACUUGAGUCGGCACCACCGAACAAUGUCGGUCCUCAGAGGUCAAGUAGUUUCAACUAUAUUCGCCUUGUGUUUCGCGCCGGCGGUGAAGAUGAUUUCCAUAAGAAGUAUGAAGAAGCACUGAAGCGCAAGACUUGGCAGCGUUCCAGUUCAGGAUCGAGCUCUAGUGGAGUAAGUGGCCGUUAUUUUUUCAAUAACUGUUUCGCGAGGAUUGUUUGUUGUUUAAAAGUACAAUUGACUAGUCAAGGGAUACAAAUGCGUCCGGUGGGAAUCGCGGGUCUGGAAAAACGAUUAGUUGAGGUUCAUCAGCGAACAAAUGAAACUAUCAGCCAGGCAUUCGAAGAUAUGUCAAAGCUGAUGGAAAGCGCUCGAGAUAUGGUAGCAUUGUCAAAAAGUAUAGCUGAAAAACUUCGGUCUCGAAAGGGAGAGAUAACCGAGGACGAAACAGUCGCCUUCAAAUCGUACCUACUUUCUCUCGGGGUUUCCGAUCCGGUGACGAAGUCAGCGUAUGGAAAUGGGGCCGUCUACUUUGACAAACUUGGUGAAGAGCUUUGUACUGUUCUUCUUCAGCCGUUGAAGGAAUGUGGUGGAAUGAUGACUUUGCCCGAAGUUUACUGUAGAGUGAAUCGAGCUCGUGGUAUGGAACUGCUUUCGCCUGAGGAUCUGCUGAACGCUUGCCAAGCAUUGAAUAGACGGGUAGACUCACGAAUGGAGCUUCAUCGUUUUGCCACUGGAGUAAUAGUGUUACAGUUGAAAACGGCGUCAAUAGAGAGCAUGGUCGAAUCAACAGCUGAUUUCGUCAAGAUGAAUGGAAGUGCGACUGCUAAUGAAUUAGCUGCUAGUCGUGGUAUAACCGUCAUAUUGGCGAAAGAACGGCUUCUGGCAGCAGAAGAACAAGCAGUGCUCUGCCGUGAUGAUUCGAUGGAAGGUCUAAAGUUCUACCCUAAUCGAUUCCUUGUCGACGUUUAA